UUUUCUUAUCCAGUACAGUUUUUUCUGUUAAUAGUCAAUGUUUUCAUAAAACAAAUGCUGAUGACACACAAAGACUUCAAAAUAAAUUUGAAAAUUUUAAUACAAAAACUCUGUGUAAUAUUGGCAACCAAGCUUGCAUUAGAAAGGAUUUUGCUCAAUAUGCUCAAAAAGAUACAUGGUCAAUUAUAUCAUGCCCAUGUGUUGAAAUUACAAGUAUCAAGGAAUAUUCAAAUGAAAGCACAUUUCCUGUAUCUCAAAUUUCUUCUGCUCAACCAUUAUGUUUUAGUGAUAUAGCAGGUGUUAAAGAUACUAGAAGUAGUUCUGUUUGGUAUCUUUCACCUAAAGAAUGA